CUGCUGUUCCUUGUGUUUCAGCCUGUUUGGAAACUUCAGUCUAUAAAUAUCAGGAUGAGUGGAAAAGAGAAGUAGCAGCAGUGAGUCGUCUGUCUGACUCGUCCUGCGUCCGUCCGUCUGGUUCGUCCCCCACCGUCUGAUUCAUCCUCCCUCCGUACGUCUGAUUCGUCCAUCCGUCUGGAAACAACAUGCUGUCGCUGCUUCUUCACACCUUCACCUCCGUCUGCGUCGUCACAGUGGUCACCGCGGAGACAGUGGUGGGCGUGGCCGGGAGGACGGUGACGCUGCCGUGUCUCUCGGAGGCGGCGAGUCAGGGAGGCGUGGAGGUGUGCUGGGGGAGGGGAAAGCCGUCACUGUUCACCUGCCACAACGCCGUGAUCAACGCCGCCGGGGAGCAGGUCACCUACAGGAGGUCAUACAGGUACUCCAUGUCCUCGUCCUCCUCUCUGGACAUCUUUAACUCUCGAACGUCAGACUCUGGUUUCUAUCACUGCAGAGUCCAGCUGCCCGGCCUGUUCAACGACCAGACGUCCACCGUUCACCUCAUCAUCAUCACCCCUCGCUCUGUGGUCUCUGAAACCUCCGGGAGCCCGAACGCACCACGCACUACAGCAGGUUACACCAGAGGGCGUCUGACAGAGACAGGAAAUGAUGUCACAGGGGAGAGCGCCACAGGGCCAAUGGUGGCGCAGGUUCAGGCGUCCGUCCAGCAGCAGCAGCAGCUAAACAGUCUGCAGAGCUUCGUUGGAAACACAGUGAGAGUCUCCUUCAUCGUCUUCAUACCUGCACUGCUGCUGACCACCUGUUAUAGAGUCUGGAUCUACAGGCAGAGGUCAGAGACUGACGGGAGCCUGAACCAAUCAGAGGGCGAGGAGGAGGAGCGCUCCGUGUAGAGACUGACAGCAGGCUGAACCAAUCAGAGCGCGAGGAGGACUGCGGCUGACGACGUCAUCGAUCCACAUCCUGAACAUUACACAGUGGAGGUUCUCAGCAGGUCGUAGUUAUCCAGAGAAGGUGCAGUGAUCGAAAACAGAAACAGGAUCCAACAACAACAAGCAAACAUGAAACAAAGUCUGCUUAUCUCAAACGUUGCCUCCACGUGCUCCUUGUUUUUAUUAUUGUUUAUUUAAAACGGUACCCAGGUUGAAGGUUUCUCAAAUACAGCUGAGUAAAUGUACUCAGUUUCUGUCCAACAGCUUCCGUGUGGCCUUUUGAAAGCAGCAGAGUAAAGCCGAAGGAGAAUUUAUUCCCCUGGACGUGUUUAUAAAAUAUAUUUUCCUGUUUUCCUCUUCAGCUUGAACAGUUUCAAAGAAAAUAACAAUAAAUGAGUUACAAAUAUGUUACUUGUUGUUGUACUCUGCAGUACUAGUGUUGUUGUACUCUGCAGUACUAGUGUUGUUGUACUCUGCAGUACUAAUGUUGUUGUACUCUGCAGUACUAGUGUUGUUGUACUCUGCAGUACUAAUGUUGUUGUACUCUGCAGUACUAAUGUUGUUGUACUCUGCAGUACUAGUGUUGUUGUACUCUGCAGUACUAAUGUUGUUGUACUCUGCAGUACUAGUGUUGUUGUACUCUGCAGUACUAGUGUUGUUGUACUCUGCAGUACUAAUGUUGUUGUACUCUGCAGUACUAGUGUUGUUGUACUCUGCAGUACUAAUGUUGUUGUACUCUGCAGUACUAGUGUUGUUGUACUCUGCAGUACUAAUACAUUGUGUUUAAUGGCUGCUACUCUCAUGUGAACGUUUAAAACAUAUUUUAGGAGGCUUUUUGUACUUUGGAUUUCCACUGAAACAUAAUAAAUAUUUGAUUUUUCAG